AUGCCUUCCGAGACUGGAAAUGCUUCACUCUUGCUGGAAAACCUCAUCAAUGUUCAUACGAACAUCAAUCUCAGUAACUUGAUUCUGGUGUUGAAGGAAAUUCUUGAUACAUCCGCAAACAAUUCAGUGAGAAUUGCUGCUUUGGAACAGUCUUUUGUGACUCAAACAGAGCUCCGAAAACAAAUUAACAAUUUGAAAGAUGACAUUAAGGGUUCCAUUGGAGAUUCGCUUAAAGAGAAUCAAGAUUUGAUUUUGGAUUGUGUAAAGAAAGAUAUUCAAACCAGUGUUAAAUCAGUUGUGGACAGAGAGGUUUCAUCAAUAACAGCAGAAAUAAUAGAGCAUAAAACAAAGUACGCAGAAAAGAUGCGACAAAUCGACAUUACGAUCGCCGAUCACUUCAAAUCCAUGUUAGACACGACGAACAAAGGUGACAGAAAAAUCACAUCUGUUCAACAGUUGGUAGAUCGACUCGAGUAUCGAACCAUUAAGAUAGAAGACUCUAUCCGAGAAUACUCAGAUAAUUUCAAAAAGUUGCAAAACCGAUUGUCAAGAAUUAAUCAAUCUCUUAAUAAGGGAAACGGGGCUUUCGGAGACAAUGAAAUUAAUGUAGAUGAAGGUGACACUGAGGCUGCCGAAACCAUUAAAAAGGAGAAUGUAGCAAAAAAGAAACGAAAAUCUUCGAAAGCCAAACGAAAAACAGAGACGACCAGCAAUAGUGAAUCGACGACAACGAAUGUAAAUAAUCAACAAGAUACCUCAAGUCCAGCAGCAACAACAGAAAAGACUGAAUCAAAGCCUGAGGAGCAACAACCUCUCGUCGUUAAUAAGCGAAUAGCGUCACUCCAAGAAGAAGCAACUCCUGAAACUCCAACCGCCCAACUUACUCCUCUCACUGAAACAACAGAAUCUCCCAACAGUCUAAUCGAUCCAAACUCUGCUAGUUUUACUGAUAUGAAUGCUCCAAUGCGUCUGCAAGGAGAUUUAACUUUAACGAAAAUUCAAACCAAAGUGAACGAAUUGAAAGAUUAUGUUGACAAUUUGAAAGAGACUCUUCAACAUCGAAUUGCCACUCUAAAACAAGAAAUGAAAGAGGAUUUCACAAUCAAUAUUUACAAUACAAAAAAGGAUUUGGAAGAUAAAAUCAAUGCCAAGAUGGACAAAAAAGAUGUGUAUCACCUACUUGGAUUUAAGGCAAAUUCUAAAGAAUUGGAAAAGAUCAAGUCUGACUAUGAUUUCAUCAUGUCCAUGUACGCCAAGCUCGAUAAGGAUCUUCAACAAUUUAAAGAGAAUCCUCCUGCAAAUUUCAUGAAUUUUCGACAAGGUUCUCCACUCGGUUUUUCCACCAAUAACUUUCCUUCAGGUUCGUUGCGAGAAGAGAAUGCUGCUGUGCCUCGAAAAUCAAAAUCUACCACAGAUGAUCCACUCGACAUUAAUAACAGGAUAACAUCUCCAAAUAAGGAGAGAAUGCCUCAAUUAUAUGGCAAUUCAAACUUUGGAGCUAAAAUGUUGGCAAAGAAUAGAACGAACAAGGGUAAUUCUGGGGACUCGAGACCACUCACACAGCAAACCAUCAACGCACUCAAUAUUAUUGAUAAAUUGACACAACGAUCAAUAAGCGCCUUAGAAUUUAGAAAUGAAGGAAGUGCAAAUCCUACUGUUGAUCCAACAGCGGAUGGUGAAGUAAAUCUUAUUGGAUCAGAUGCAAAGAUUUAUAGAUUUGGAAAUGUGGACAAGAAAUUACUGGCAGCAAGUUCCAACUCACCUGUGCAGUUGUCAGAUUCUGAAGAGGAAUUUGCACAACGAACAACCGCGGCCUACAUGGGUAAAGCACCAUCAAACUUGGUCCCAAAAGAGAGACAAAUCAACAAGAAUAAUAACUACCCAAUGACACUAUCAAGACUACGAAACGAGGUCAAAGAAUUGCAACAGUCGGAGUGGUUCAAAUAA